CAACAACAUUUCAUCUUUUGCUGCAUCAUCAUCAGAAGCGCACUUAUUUACCCCUACACCUACUACCGCGAAGAAAAACAUCACUGAUAAUCAAACUCUCAACAACAAAAGAAAUUCUAUAGAAUGCAUCAUCAAUUUGAUACUACAACAGAACAUUCUCAACCAAUUGUUCCAUUGGAUAAUGACAAUUCAAUCGAUCUCAAAAACAAGCAGAUCAUUGAUGAAGAAAAGGAUGAAGCUUCUACAGCUCCAAUGUGUAAAGAAUUGAAGGAAUUUACUCAAGAAUUGGAAGAUUGUUUUAAAGAAGGAGAAGGAAAAGUCAACCCGGAACAUGUCAAACAAAUCUUCAGAAAAUAUCUUGAUAAGAUUGACUUGAGUGAUUUGGAAGCCUAUUGUUUGGCUGAUACAAGAGCUACCUAUACUAGAAAUUUAAUAUUUAAAAAUCCAUACUUUUCAUUGAUUGUUCUCGCAUGGAAUCCACAACAACACAGCUCUAUUCACAGUCAUGCUGGAUCGCAAUGUUGGUUCAGAUGUAUGAGAGGACAAGUCAAGGAAUGCAGAUGGAUGAUUGACCCAACUCAUGACCAAUCACUCUGUCCUUCAGAACCAACAAAGGAAUUUAUUGCCAAUGUUAAUUCUAUUGGUUAUAUUGAUGAUAACAAUGGUGUUCACUGCAUUGUGAAUACACGAGAUGAAAUUAGUGUCACUCUCCACUGUUAUGCUCCUCCAUAUGAUUCAUGUGCAUGCUACUCUGAAGAAACAGGUGAAGUCUAUAGAGGAAAAGUAAUGUUUGACAGUAUUGGAGGUGUUAUUGAUACAUCACAUCCUUCAAAGGAAUCAGUUGUAAGUAGUACAAUUUCCAAAAUUGAAAAAUUUCUAAUUAUGUAA